AUGGAAAAGGGGGAGGAUAAAAGGAACGCACAGGGAGGUGUCUUCACCCCCGCACAGGAAAGCCAACCGGGAAAGACACCGAUAAAAGGAAGUGAAAAAAAAACGGCAACAGGGGGUGACCAAACGGCGGUUGGGGGCGAGUCCCCCCUCCGUAAGCUCCCCUACCUUCUAAUCCCCCUAUCGGUGAGGUUCCCCCUGUUGGCCAAACUACUCCUUCUCUUUUUUUUGUCCAAGUGGUUAAAACACGCAGUAGGCACUGUGCUCAUCAGCUUCCUCUACCGAAAAAACGGAGAAGUAUUUCAGCAACUGAUCCAGGUGCUUCUCCUCCAAAUGCGCCAUAGUGGAGGAAAAAAGGGAAGCAAUAAAUCGAAUUUCAAAACAGUACGUCCAAUGGUUGAUGCUGUGUAUAGUAACAUAGAAGGAAUGAUGAAAUGGAUUACCCGUGUGUACUUCUUCCUUUAUGGGACCCCAUGCAGUGGACUGCUCUUUCCUGAGGAUAUAAAUAAAAAAACAGAGCUUAUGUCGACUCCCAGGAGGGUGAGUAAUCUGUGGGUCUUGCGAGGGGCUUACCUCAAUUUGUUUGUCGCGCUGCUGGGCCACCCCGGGGAGAGCGACAAAGAGGAGGGGCGGCAUAACCAGCGGGAGGGGCGGCAUAACCAAGGGGAGGAGCAGCUUAACCAACGGGAGGGGCAGCUUAACCAACCGGAGCGCUACCUUCCCUGCCCAGCCGAACAGACCCUCUACAAAAACAUACGCGCCCUGUACAAGGUGAAAUAUGAAAGGGAGUAUAAAAUAAUGAUGCGCAGUGAAUGCUUCUCCUUUCUUCAUCGUUUUUGUGAGCUAGUCCAACACAUAGCAAGGAGAGCUUUCUCCUGUCUCCACCUCGUCCUCUUAACCACCAUGUCUAUUUAUUGCUUGUGUAGAAGCCUCGUCAUGUUGACACAUCACAUACAUGCCCUGGAAAAGAAGAAGCUAUACGAGCGAUGUUGCGAGGGGGGAGAUGCAUCAGAUGAGCUGUUCUGUCUCCUCAUCGAAUCGAUAGCGCUCAUGAGUCAGGACCUGGCAGGGGAGGAAACACCCAUCUGUGAAGAGGCCAAUCACCCCCAUGAUGAUGAGCACUCUGAUGGACGGCUCCACAUCUACGACGAGUUGCAAACCAAACUGCGCCUCUGCCUGAACAUGAUCAAUCGAAUCAAAGGUAAACAACCCAGGGAUGCAUCUAAAACGUUGGUGAAGCAGAAUCCAAAGCAGACGCAGGACUUCCCUAGCCACGAAGAACCUGUGUCUACGUAUGAACCCCUCAGGGAGAAGGAAGUGUACGAAACGGAACCGUCAAGCAGUCACACGGGGGGAGAAACUGCAAAUAGUGAUCCCACCUCGCAAAGGAAGGAACAACAAAGGGAUGGAAGCUUGACGUAUGCCGUUUAUUUGUAUGAGAGUAGAACCAGUGAGGAGACAACGCAGGGGAAGAUGAAGCGACGAGUGAGGAGGAGUACCUCCGUUGAAGAUGCCUCGGCGGGACAUGAACACUCCUCCCAAGAGAGGCAUCCCCAAAGAGCGCAAAAAGAGGAAGAUUGCACAGAGGGUACCUACAUUAAUGGACCAAUGAGCAAUCACAUUGCAUCGUGCGGGAAUGCUAACGAAACGAACAAGAGACACAUCGAGGGGGGAUGUUCUCCCCACCCCAGUGCCGACCCGCAUGGAAACAAACCUCCCUCAAAUUUGAGCCACGAAAUUUUAAUUAACGAACUGAAAGGG